GGCGUCACGUGAGUAUGGUCAGCUGACCGGUGGGAAGCCGUCACGUGACCAGACCAAGGCUGCAGCUCGUUCGCCGCUCACACACGGGAGACGAGGAGAGCGGAGGGAUAAUGGAUUCGGAUGGGUUUGAGCCUCUUCUAGAUCCUUCCAGGUCUCCGGACACUGAGAGUGAGCACAGCCGGUAUCUCAGCAAAGUCCGCAAUGGGAAUCUGUACUUGGUGACGUUCGCUGCGGUGUUGGGACCCCUGAGUUUCGGCUUCGUCCUGGGGUACAGCUCUCCGGCCAUCUCCGACCUGAGGAAUGCGGACGACCCUCGCUUAGUGCUGGAUAAGGAGGCAGCGUCGUGGUUUGGGUCCAUAGUGACGAUCGGAGCGGCCGCUGGGGGGAUAUUUGGUGGCUGGAUGGUGGAUCGGAUCGGCCGGAAGCUCAGCCUCAUGCUGUGCUCUCUUCCCUUCGUCCUCGGGUUCAUGCUGAUCAUAUCCGCGCAGAACGUCUGGAUGUUACUCUGCGGCCGCUUGUUGGCCGGGCUGGCUAGCGGAGUCACCUCACUAGUGGUCCCCGUGUAUAUUUCUGAGACGUCCCACUCCAGAGUACGGGGGACGUUGGGGUCCUGCGUCCAGCUAAUGGUGGUCACAGGCAUUGUUGGAGCCUACAUUUCAGGGAUGUUCCUGGACUGGCGCUGGCUCGCUGUCUUCUGCUCCGUCCCACCGGUCCUCAUGCUCCUGUUUAUGUGCGUCAUGCCCGAGAGUCCCCGAUAUCUCAUCAACCAGGGCAGGCGGUCCGAGGCCUUGUCUGCUCUCCGCUUCCUCAGAGGUCCUGAUGUGAACCAUGAAUUUGAAUAUCGUCAGAUUGAGUCUAGUGGGAAUGAUGAGAGCAGCCUGAAGAUGGCAGAUUUCCGGAACCCGUCCAUCUAUAAACCCUUCAUCAUCGGGAUUCUGCUCAUGUUCUUCCAGCAGGCCACCGGUAUUAACGCCAUCAUGUUCUACGCGGACAUGAUCUUUGAAGAAGCCAAUUUCAAGAACAGCAGUUUGGCGUCGGUCAUCGUGGGGCUGGUCCAGGUGGUUUUCACCGCUGUGGCGGCGCUCAUCAUGGAUAGAGCAGGGAGGAAGCUUCUCCUAAUCAUCUCAGGAACCAUCAUGACGAUCAGCGCGACCCUGUUUGGGGUGUUCUUUAAAAUCACAGAGGUGCACGUGCACAACUCCUCGGGCCCCCUGACUCUGAGCAGCGGCGGAGACCCCGCAGAGCACCUGGCAUGGUUGGCGUUGGCCAGCAUGGGGCUGUUUAUCACUGGUUUUGCGAUUGGCUGGGGCCCUAUUCCCUGGCUGGUCAUGUCUGAAAUCUUCCCACUGCGCGCCAGGGGUGUGGCCAGCGGAAUGUGUGUGGUAACUAACUGGGGCUGCGCCUUCCUCGUCACAAAGAUCUUUCAUGACCUGAUGGACUCUCUGACCUCCUACGGGACCUUCUGGUUAUUUGCCGGUUUCUGUGGCCUGAACGUCGUCUUCACCAUUUUGUGUGUCCCUGAGACAAAGGGAAAAACUCUGGAAGAGAUUGAAUCUUAUUUCCAGCGAGGGCAGAAUAGAGGGGGACUCGGCCCUGUCUCCAACAUCAUUCAAUGACGCAUAGAGAUAACGGGCGCACAGUCGCAUGACCCGGCCGCGUGACGCCUCUCCUCAGGGACCGCUCUGGUGCUGGCGUGUUCUACUACAGUAGCUGAACCUGGUGCUUUACGGCCUUUGCGCUCCGUUCUUAUUGCAGUAAGUGCUGGAAAUGACCACGCGGAAUACACCAGGCUGACAUUUGUGUACUGAGCCCAUGCCGACUCCGGAUUCCCUCAUCACGCGUCGCUGCGGAGAUCGACGCUCAAGCAUAAUGGCUUCUCCCUGCCGUGUUUCUGACUAGAGGUAUUUGCAGAAAUAAGACUGCGAGACGCACAGAAUUUUGUGCUCUGUCCUAGGAAAGGGGCGGGACAUUGUCAUUCACAAGCCCCGCCUAUUGGUAAUUAGCCAAUGUGCGUUCUAGGGGGAGCGUAUUCCUAGUGACGCACUUAAGUCUAAUGUUAAAUUAUGUCAGUCACUGUCUCAUUCCAAUGCUGUAUCUUCUGCCACAGUGUUAUUGGGGAGAAAGUAGUUACCCCCCCCCCCACUAGUCAUUAGGUAUAUGUGGUAUAAGCUCCACACACGUGUGAGGUCGCAGAGGUGGGUGUAUCCCAUACUUUGUUGUAGCAACGUCCGCCAUCGUGGAUUACUGAGGCAGAACGCUCCACCGCUUUGGUCUGCGGGCAGGAAUGAAUAUAAAUAGGUAAAAAAAAAAAAAAUAUAUAUAUAUAUAUAUAUAUAUAUAUAUAUAUAUAUAUAUAUAUAUAUAUAUAUAUAUAAAAUUUGUCAUAUUGCACUAUGCACAUAGAAGAUUUUACCGUUUCAUUAUUAAAUGUAAUGGGAUACCAUGUAACGUGUAAGGUAAGUUACAUCACAUUAUGUCACCCAUAGUAAUAUUGGUGAAUAACAGUAUUAAUCUAGAACACACACAUGUGACUGAAAUUGUUACUUUCUGGGUGACUCUAGAGCAUGGAUCUUCAACCUGCGGCCCUCCAGCUGCUGUCGAACUACACAUCCCAGCAUGCCUUACUAACUAAACUGUGGCAGGGCAUGCUGGUAUGUGUAGUUCUGCAGCAGCUGGAGGGCCGCAGGUUGAGGACCCAUGCUCUAGAGCACUGUUGUGUGUUGGUACAUUGUUACAUUCAGGGAUUGUAUCUAUGAUGGAAGUUGUGUCGCUGUGUGCGAUCUUUGAUCUUCUGAUCUCAGGGGAAGUGAACGUUCUGUCUGUCUUUAAAUAAAACGUCAUAUCUGUUGAUGAUUUUUAUA